GAUGAUUGGAAUAUGCAUAAACGUGUUCUUGCUUUUCGUGAAUUCAAUGAUCGUCACACUGCUGAUAAUAUUUAUAUUCUCAUUGAACGUAUUUUAAUUGAGUAUAAUUUGAUUGAUAAGGUGUUUGCUGUAGGUUUUGAUAAUGCUAGUAAUAAUACUGCUGCUAUACCUAGAUUACGUGAAUUGUGUGGUGCUUCUACAUUGAUGGGUAGAUUUUUUCAUCAACGUUGUGCAUGUCAUAUUCUAAAUUUGUGUGUACAAGAUGGCUUAGCGGCAUUAGGAAAUGCUUUGGAGGUAGUGAAGGGGGGAAUUAAAUUGAUUUGGGCUAACACUCCACUAAAAAUGCAAUGGCGGCAAUAUUUGAAGGAUAGACGCGUGAAUUAUUGUGCUUUUCCUAAAGAUUUGUCUAUUCGUUGGAAUAGUACUUAUAAUUUAAUUCAAGUACUUGUUAGAUAUAAAGAUCAUUUUCCAGCUUUUUUAAGACAAACUUGUAACUAUAUUAUAAACCCGGCUGACAUCGACACUUGUGAAAAAAUUGUUAAUGUUUUGGCAUAUUUUAAUAACGCAACUCUAACUUUUAGUCAUGUUUAUAAACCUACCGCAAACGAAUUUUUUGUUGAAGCUGUUAAUCUCGCCGGCGCUUUUUGUGAAUUUUCCGACGCCGCUUACGUUAGUUAUUUUUGUGAUUUCAUGAAACAAAAGUUUUUAAAAUAUUAUUCACAUAUUCCGCAUAUAUAUGGUAUUGCAUUUGUUCUUGAUCCUCGUUAUAAACUUCCUUACUUGGCAAAUUGUAUAGAUUACUAUUAUGCUUCUUGUUUUCCAACUCAAGAGUUCGAUGAUAAUCCAAUCGACCCUAAACAAGAAUUCAACGAGGUUAGUAAUUUAUUUCAUCAAUUGUAUAAUGAAUUUCAUGCACAAUAUGGUAAUGCACCCCCUCCCAUGCAACGAACAUCUUCUUCAUCUAAAGGAAAAUCACUUUUAAAAUCCACUUUUGGUUCUCUUUUGAAAAAAAGUAGAGCAACUCCCGCUACUGAACAAAGCUCAGGUAACGAGCUUUCUUUGUAUCUAACAUUGAAUGUUGAUUAUGAAGUUGGUGAUGACUUUGACGUUCUUAAGUGGUGGAAGGAAAAUGAAAGAACAUUCCCGAUUUUAUCAAAGAUGGCUAAGCAAGUACUAGCAAUGCCGAUAUCAACCGUUGCCGUGGAACAAGAAUUCAGUGCGGCCGACAACGUCCUAACCGAUUUUAGAACGAGGUUGAGCCCGAGCUCUCUUGAGACACUAGUUUGCUUUCACGAUUGGUUGAAGGCCCAACGAAGAACUCAAGAAAUUACCAUCACUCCCUCCCGCCACUUUAUGGAGGAAACAACCGAAGGCGGAGAGUCCGAUUGAUUUUUUAUUACAAAAUGUAUUACAUUUUUUAAAUUCAUC